AUGUCUCCAACCAGCUCGGCCCGUCUGGCGUUCUGUAAGGAGACUCAGGAAGCCAGAGGGGCCUCUCACAGGGGCCGAAUCACUCCACUGUUGCCGGAGCAGAAUGGGACCGCUCGUAGAAUUGCCAUGUCCUGGAACAUUUUCGGCACCGGAGAGCUCGCCACUGGGGAGCGGCGGCGGCGCCCAGCUGGCGCCCACCCCGGGGUACAUUGCAGUAAAUGCCUGGCAGUAGUGACUUUUCGCUUCUCCCUCCGCCUCGCACGUCGACCCUCCACUGCCAACCUUUACGCCAAACUCCGGCGCGCUGCGAGACUCGCGUCCGCGCCAUCCACGCGGGGCCCCACCCCUUCCCGGCUCCAGCCCGCGUUCGGGCCGGAGGCGAGGCGAAGCCGGCGGCGGCGGCGGCGGCGGCGGCGGCGGCGGAGCGAACGGAGGAUCCGGAGCUCAGACACCCACCCACCCGCGCUCAUCGGAGUGGCUGACCCCGGAGACACGCUCGGCCGCGGGAGGGAGAGAGGACGGGAGACCUGGGCCAGAGUGGAGGUGGGGGUCGCCUGCGGUUGGGGGUGGGCGCACCAGCCACCAGCUCUCCGUAUGCUCUUCUCCUUCCAGUUCUCGCAGCCACCACCUUGCACAGGUCGGAAGACCUUCCUUCCCUGGGCUCCUUUGCGUCGGGGAGAGGGCAAAGUGAAUGGGAAGAUGGAGAUGGAUGUUGAGGGAGUUUCUCCGCGCCCGGAGCCCAUCCCCCGUUCCCAGGGGGCUGGCGGAGCCUGCCAGGCGCCGCCACAGCAGCCCCAGCCCCAGCCCCAGCCGCAGCAGCAGCAGCUGGCUCAGGAUGAACUGCCCGGCGAGAGUGCAGGCGCUGAGGACAGCGACGAUCCCGAGGCGAGACCCAGCAGCGAGAAAGGAGAGAGCAAGUAUUUCGGUGACAAGAUCCACUGAGGAGAGUUGGGGCGAGGCUGGCUGAGGUUGUCAAGGAGCUGUUUUGAGUUCAGGGGCCCGCAUGGCAAUGGAAUGAUGCUUCCUGACCUUCCAGACCUUUGAGACCUCUGGGCGGUCUUAGAAAUCACCUCAAGCCUUCCGUGGAGGAUACAAGCGCCUGGGGGAGUUCCAGGGAAAGGUAGCAGAGAUGUCAUGGGCUACAAAGUGAUGGGGUACUCCAAAGAGCUCACUACGAGCUUUCAAAGAUGCCAAGCCACCGGCUGCUCUAAAGUAGAAAAAAUCACCGUUCCGGAGAGGCUGCAGGAAACGAGCCUGGAGGAGGCUCUGUUUUGGCCAGAGGACACACCACCUUCUCUGCUGUCCUGGGGAACUGCUGAAGGACAUAGAGGAAGAUGCUGCCACUCCCCGGGACAGAAACACAGCAGCUGGGACCAAGAAGCACCUCGUGCGGAACUCGAGGCAGCAGCCCUUCCGACGAAGAUCUCUGAGCUGCCAUUCCCAUUGGACUGUUUUCGCUUUGCCAUCAUCUGCAUACCACACAGUUCUGGAUGUUUUUGAUUAGUUGGCUUUCUUUCUUCUUUUUUUUUCUCCUUGUCUUUUCUUUUUCUUCUUUUGGCCCUGGGAAUUGUAAGAAAAGAAUUGCUUUAGAAAGUAUAAUUGUUGCUGACAUUAGCCUUGUUUAUGAGCAAAUUCUGUCACUGGGGAUUUUCUGCUUUGCAAUCCCAGGUUACCUAGUAAAUGGGGCUGCGUGGUGUGAUUUAUGUAGUACUGAUCCUUAGAUUAAAAAUACAUUUUCUUUCU